CGUGAGGGAGAAGGAACGGAUUAAUAAGCUUGUUCAGGUUUUCAGUUCCCGCGAUGCACUCGCGCCAUCUCAGUCCUGCGCGAUAAAAACUCUCCCAAAAUCUUUCUAGUGAGGAAGAGAGAAGAAGUAAUUAGGAGAAGUAAUACCGAAAGCAGUUAAGCAGGUAUAAGGUUGUUUGAUAUGAACCUUAUUCGACUGUUUGGGGAUUCCAUUUAUGGAUCAAAAGAUGGAGUGCGAGUAGUGUGCCGGAGAACAUAUGCUGCUGCAGCUAGUAAAGUGAAGAGAGGUGGAAAGGGAGGUGGAGCCAAUGACGCACCAAAAGCAUCGACUCUCAGCAAAGAGAUCAAAUCCAGUGUGGUCGUUGGUGCUAAUGUUCUGAAAGAUGAUUCAGACCCUAAGAUCUUGCUUGAUUCAGAUUACCCAGAUUGUCUUUGGCAUCUGCUUGAUAAGCGACCAGCGCUUAGUGAACUUAGAAGGAAGAACAUUGAGACUCUGCCUUUUGAAGAUCUUAAACGUUGUGUGAAGCUGGACACCCGAGCUAGAAUCAAGGAGAACAAUUCUAUCAAGGCCAAGAACUGAGAUUCAAUAACGACUUAUAGGAACCCUUGCUCGAGCAAACUCUUCCUUUUCCUUGUAGGAACUGAGAUUCUCGUAACCUUUUUUCUCUAUUUGUUGGAUGUAUUGCAUAAAAACAGUUUCGUUUUCA